AUGCCUCAAGAUGGAUAUUACUCCCACCGGCCGAAGGAGAAAAAUAGAGUGGACAGCAACAACGAGAACUCUGUACCCAAAGACUUUGAAAAUAUAGACAAUAGUAACUUUGGCGCGCGCUCGCAGCCCCACCGGCAGUCUGUGGGGGCCACCAGCAGCAAACAGCAGCGGGAGCAUCUGCAGGAAAAAGCGCAUGCCCAGCAGCAGGCCUGGCGGGACACCUCCCCGAGCCGAAACUCCAACGAGGUUCUGCCUGUAGGCCACCAGACGCUGGCGCUGGGAAACAACGCCUCCCACCAUGGAGGUGUUGGGGGAGUGUCACAGCAACACUACCGUGCCUCACAUGCCCAGCAGGCCGAGUCACAACACAGACAUCAGUAUCCGCACAGGAGGCAGGCAACCGCAGCGCCGCUGGAGGUGAACUAUGAUGAGCCGCCCAAGUGUGAGAUCAGCGGGAAGGAAGCCAUUUCAGCUCUAUCCAGAGCCAAGAGCAAGGAGUGCCGGCAACAGAUUGCAGAGGUGUACUGCAGACACAAGGAAGGGCAAUUAAUGCCCGAGAAGGUCACUCGCUACUGCCCUCUCGAGGGUAAAGCCAAUACUAAUGUCCAGUGGGAUGAAGACUCUGUGGAGAUCUUUCCUAUAAAACCAGUCAGAAUAGCGUUUGUCCUGGUGGUCCACGGACGAGCCUCCCGCCAGUUUCAACGCCUCUUCAAAGCCAUCUUCCACAGCUCGCACUACUACUACAUACACGUGGAUCAGCGCUCCAACUAUCUGCAUAGGCAGAUUCAAGCCAUGGCUGCCCAUUAUCCCAAUGUGAGGGUGACACCCUGGCGCAUGGCCACCAUCUGGGGGGGGGCCAGUCUGCUGACCAUGUACCUCCGCAGCAUGGCCGACCUGCUGGCCAUGAGGGACUGGAGCUGGGACUUCUUCAUCAACCUCAGUGCUGCCGACUACCCCAUCAGGACCAACAACCAGCUGGUGGCCUUCCUGUCCAAAUACAGAGACAUGAACUUCAUCAAGUCCCACGGCAGGGACAACGCUAGGUGA